CGUGCGCGCGCGUUCGUGUGUGUGUGUGCAACUUCUGUARUUGCUGUUACCAUAUAGUUUGUAUUUUGUAACGACUGUACUGUACGCGAUAUUUCGGUUUCGGUGUACACAACUGUUUUUUGCGUCUGGUGUCGCGGUUGAUACUUUGAUAGCGUUGUGGUUCGUAGCAGUUAUUCUAUCAUUUCAUAUUCGCCGUGAACUCGUGACGUCGUCUCUCUCGUUACUAUAAUAUUGUAGACAAUAAUACAAUAAUAUAUAGUCGUUACGUUACGAUACGUUAGUGCCUACUACCUAGUGAAUUCCCCCACCCUCUCCCGUACUGUUUUACCGGCAGACGACCGCCGCCGCCGCGUCCCGUAACGACUGCAGAGACUGCCGGCCAUAGUGUUUCGCCCAUUGACGUCCGCUCCAGAAUUUUUCAUCCGUUUCCAUCCGGACCGGACGCUGCCCACUCAACCAUGGCAGACUUAGAUGACCAAUUGUUGGAAGGCGGCAUUGAUUUAUCGUCUGAAGAACAUAACACACAAAUUAGUAUAGAAAAUAGCAUGUCUUUUGAUCUAAUCGAAAACGGUCAAUCGAAUAAUGCUGAUUCUCAAGCAUCAGCAGAUUCUGACUUAGAAGUAAUUAGAGCCCGGGUAAGAGAAAUGGAAGAAGAAGCUGAAAAGUUAAAAAAAUUGCAGUCGCAAGUAGAUCAAGAAAUGUCAAAUACGCCAGUACUAUCUUCUCCAAAUUGCUCAAAAACUAGUAUGUUUAAUUUUAACUAGCCCCCUCCCCCCUUACAGAAAAGACAAUUUUGUAGUAAAAUAAGCAGUUUCUGUGGUUAUUGUUUAAUAACAAACAAUUUUUCUACAAUUUAAAUAUUAAUCGGUCAAUCAAUAACUUUCUCUACUUGAUUUCCUAUAAUAUUGUAUUUCACAUUAAAUCUUAAACUUUCUUUAGGUAUUCAGACAUGUAAUAAAUGUUAAAUCUGACUGGUCGUUUAUUAACUGUUAUACCCAAUUCUUUAAUAUUAGUGUAAACCUUUGUUAUGUUUAUAUUACAUUUCCUAAAAUGUUAUCCUCAAAAAGCUCUGCACUAUUGCUUAUUAGCUGUUUUGCUUUUUAAUUUUGAGGUACAAAACUGAGCAGAUCUCCACAUGUGUUUACAAAUAAUACAUUUUAUUAGCACUUACUAAAUCUGCACAAC